GUUUGAUUUCGCAAACAAACCAAUAAAUUUCUUUUACACGUGUACAAACGUACCAUAUCGAAAGCUGUUACAUCGUAGCAGUUGAGAUUUAGACGGUGUUUUAUUCGACUGACUCGAAAAAAGUGAAGCAAAAUGAGUGGGACCACAAUGCAAGCUAACGGAAAAUGCUCCAACGAAAGAAUUCUCACCGGAGAAACGAUGAAUCCAUUCGUGAAACAGAUAGAGUAUGCAGUCAGAGGGGCGAUUGUUGAGCGAGCCUCGGCCUUGGAGAAAGAACUGGCGAAGGGUGCACAGAAACCUUUCAAUGAGGUAAUAAAAGCAAACAUUGGAGAUGCUCAUGCCCUUGGAAUGAAACCACUUACUUUCCCACGACAGGUUAUUGCCAUGUGUGUAUGUCCAGAACUUAUUGAUACAGCUGACUUUCCUUCUGAUGCAAAAGCAAAAGCCAGGAGCAUAUUGAAUGCCACAAAGGGUCACAGUAUGGGUGCAUACUCAGAUUCUCAAGGUCUGGAAGAUAUUCGGAAAAAUGUGGUUAAAUACAUCAGUGAACGUGAUGGUUACCCAUCAGAUCCUAGUCACAUUUACCUCACAAGUGGUGCCAGUGAGGGUAUAAGAUCUAUAUUAAAAUUACUUCAAACAAGUGUCAACACUGGAAAUAACAGGGCUGGUAUUAUGAUUCCGAUACCACAGUAUCCCCUCUAUUCAGCGACAUUGUCUGAGCUGAACUCUUAUCAGAUCAACUAUUACCUUGAUGAAGCCAAUGGAUGGGCACUAGACACUGAAGACAUGAAAAGGGCUUUAAAUGAGGCCAGACCUAAUUGUAUGCCGCGUGCUUUGUGUGUCAUAAAUCCUGGUAAUCCAACAGGGCAAGUUCUUUCUUAUGACAACAUCAAAGACAUCAUUAAAUUCUGUAAAGAUGAGAAACUUGUUUUACUCGCAGAUGAGGUCUACCAAGCAAAUAUUUAUGGAGAAGGUGCCAAAUUCCACUCCUUCAAAAAGGUCCUUAGAGACUUGGGCCCAGAUUAUGAAGACUUUGAACUGAUUUCAUUCCAUUCAACAUCCAAAGGAUUCCUUGGAGAAUGUGGCUUUAGAGGAGGUUAUAUGGAAAUUACAGGAAUGGAUGAUGAAGUCAGAUUUCAGUUGAAAAAGAUGAUGUCAGCAAAACUUUGUGCUUGUAUCACAGGACAGGCAAUGAUGGACUGCUUAGUUAGUCCGCCUCAACCUGGUGACAUAUCAUAUAACACAUUCAUUGAGGAGAAAAAAGCAGUGCUUCAGUCAUUUAAAGACAGAGCUAAACUGGUUGCCGAGACAUUCAACUCAAUGGAGGGUAUUAAAUGUAAUGAAGUUAUGGGUGCCAUGUAUGCCUUCCCCAAUGUGUCAAUCCCUAAGAGGGCACAAGAAGAGGCAAAGUCCAGAGGUAUGCAUCCUGACAGUUUUUAUGCUCUGGAAUUGUUGGAGAAAACAGGACUGUGUGUUGUCCCAGGAAAUGGUUUUGGACAAAGAGAUGGAACAUUCCAUUUCAGGCUGACAAUCUUGCCUCCCAUUGAAGCACUCAAGCCUCUGUUUGAACGUUUUAAAGUCUUCCAUCAAGAGUUUAUGCAAAAAUACAGAGAUUCCAACUCUGCCUUAUAACUCAGUGGGAUUGAGUUACUAGGAUUACUGAAUUUUGUAAUAUAAUUUAUUAUAUGUUAUUUCUUGGAUCUGAAUGGGAAUGUUAUGUAGAAUACUUGAUUUUUCUAGUUUAUGUGGAAACAUUAAGCUGCAAAAUAAGCCACUUUCAAGAUGUCUAAAGUAUAUCUUUAAAAGGAAGCCAAUUACAUUGCUUUCGAUCUGAGAAUGAAUUUUAUUUCAAGCAAAGAAAACUCAUUUUCAUAAGACUAAGUUCUACUCUUGGCUUUAUUUUGAAAAUGAGGGUAUGAAGAUCACUGAAAUGGCCUGUAACUAGCAUGGGUGACCUUUUUUUACUUGAGAGGGUGUGUAGCAGUAUGGAGUUAU